GAUAAACCGAUACUUAGGUGUCAUCACUGUAUGCCUGUAUCACAUUCAAUCACGUGACAAUACAUCCGUCAUUUUAAUUUCUAAUAAUUCAAAUCGCACAUCGCAUGGAAUACGAUGUUUGAUUUCGCUUUUCUUUUCAAGACAUAAAUAAACAUAUGAAUAUUUUUUUCUUUUAUUUCACAACAAAUAACGAAGGAAUACUGUGGCGAAUUGUUACAUUUUGCAACUCGAAUGGGUAAUACUACCAACAAAAACAAAUAUUACAAUAAUCAGAAGUAUACCAGUCAGUAUAGUCUCAGUGAUCUAAUUGGUGGAAGUUGUGUCGGAACAACACAAUCCUCAAAUAAAGAAUCUAAAUCAUGGUCUCGUGUUUCAAAUAAAAGUUGGAGCGAAGGCACGGUAUACCACUCAUUAGAUACUUCGAAAACACAAUGGCCAGUAUCGCGUUCUCAAGCUAUGUUCCUUCCAGAAUUUCAAAUAAGACCAAUACCUUUGCAAAGUACUUGUAAGCUUAUAUGUGUAAUAGCUAAAGGAGCAUAUGGGAAAGUAUAUAAAAUUCUAAAACAAGACACUGGGAAAGUUUAUGCUUUGAAAGCUAUUAGCAAAGCCAAAGUUGUUACGGAAAAUGGAGUAAUGCAGGCAAAACAGGAAGUUGCUAUACAAAGGCUUGUUGGUCACCAUCCAUUUAUAUUAAAUUGUACUCAUAAAUGGCAAGGAAGAAAGACGUUAUACAUAUUAACCGAUUAUGUUGGUGGAGGAGAAUUAUUUUCACUAGUCGAGGAGUGUGGUGCCCUGCCUGAAAAUGUAGUUAGAAUAUAUGUAGCAGAAAUUGCUUUAGCUAUUGAUUUUUUGCACAAUGUUGGGGUAGUACAUAGAGAUAUAAAGGCAACAAAUGUUCUUUUAGAUGUAGAAGGUCAUGCUGUGAUUAUUGAUUUUGGUUUAGCAAAAUGGUUAACUCAUGCUGAAAGAACUAACACACUUUGUGGAACACCUGAAUAUAUGGCACCAGAAAUACUGAAGAGACAAUAUUAUGGACAAGAAGUAGAUUGGUGGUCACUAGGAGUCCUUGCUUGUAUCAUGCUGACAAACCAGUAUCCAGCAGGCGCGACCAGCGAACUUUUGCCAGAGGACAGAGGAACGAAUUAUGCAGCGCCUGGAACGCUUCCGCCGAAUGCGGAAAAGAUCUCCGCGCCGGCCAAGGAUCUACUCAGACGGCUGCUGCAGCCGGAUCCUGGUCUCAGGCUGAGGUCACUUUUCGGCCUGCAGAGGAUCGCGUUCUUCAUGGGCCACGAUCUGCAGAGCUUCAUGAAGAAGAAGGAUUCGCCGUUCCGACUGCUAGGGAGAAAUGUCCAGAACGAUCAGGAGAGGAUGACCAAGGAGUUCUCGGGCUUCGACACAUCCCUCGGGGACAGCAUCUCUCGCGCAGACGAUCGAUGAUCUGACACGCAGCUAGUCUUUCAAUUUCGAUGUUUCAGCUGCAAUGUACCGAUCGAUGUAUCAAUCAAUGGACUGAGGCAAGCAGCAAUCCGCUUGGAAACUUUGUUGCUCGUCAAGCAAACCCGAUGCCAUCCGUUACGUUCGUACAACAAGUAUAUCCUAUAUUUUGCAUAACUUUAAGAAAUCUGAUUUUUAUGAGUCUUCUCGCCGCUCGAACCAUAUCCAGCCUCGGUCAGAAACUAUGACCAGAGAACAGUGUUGCAAUUUCCAGCGGCUUUCGGUGUGCAAGAGAAAAAUUGUCGAGCUUUUCUGCCUUGCAAUGUGCAAAACAAGAGUCUGUGAAAUGUAUUCUGUCGUAAACGAAAAUAUAUUCCGAGCAAUCUAA